UCGGUGUCACUUACUGCUACAGCACCGCAACGCAGGCGCCAACCCGAGCACAGUUAAGAUGCACACCGGUCCCGUCCUCCUCUUUGUCGCCAUGGUGACGCUGGCACUCGGCUGCACCGGCGCCCCCACGAAAAGAGAGCCGACGAGGAACGCCAUACACAGUAUUACCAACAUGGCUCAGACCACCCUGGUCCAUAUCAAGACACUGAGAACAAAACUGCCAGUGGCCCCUCAGAUAGAGGUCAGCACCCCUUCCGUCAAAGGCCUGACCAGCAUUAGCCACGAACUGGGGGAGCUGGACGAGGAACUACGUCGCCUCUCCGUGGAGAUGCUGAGCCAGAUCCAGGCCGACGUCUCCAGCUUAGGGGGUCGGGUGCGCUCUCUCGCCCUGAACCUGGACUGUCCCGUCCAGAGCGGACCGAGGGGCGAGGCCGCCGACCACGUGUUCCCGGACAGUCACCUGUACGUGAGUCUGACGAAAGUGCAGCAGUAUUUGGAGAAAGUGCUUCUCAACAAGGACAAGCUGAAAAUCUGCUGAGACGUUCACACGUGCCAAACCCUUCCAACAAUGAAAGAAGGAAUGAAUGAAUGAAUGAGUGGGUAACUCGUCGGAUAAGCGACCUAAAUUGGAUCUUUUACUGAAUUCCUGUGGAGGUUAGUUUACUGCAGCGAUGCGACCUACCUUUCCAGGUAGUUGAAAAAAGCAUCCCUUGUGGUCAUGCUGUUAUUCAUAACUAUUUCCAAACGUCUAUAAUUUACUUUAAAGUCCACAAUGAAUCGCAUAUAUGGGGAUUAAUAUCUGCUGAGUGCUUGUCGCUGUUUUGCAUGAAACACAUGCUUUUUAGCUUCCCUCUUGAAGUACUGUAUUUCUAAUGUUUAUGUAAACAUCAGUUUUGGGUAUAUUUAUUUCAAUUUACCUGACCAAAAGUAAUUUAAAUGUUUUUAAAAUGUAUGCAAAUAUUGGUAAAAACAGGGUUUUCAUUAUGGCUUUGGCUAUUUUAAAUAUGUGUGUGGUUGAAUGUUGUGCAAUUUGAGGGAAAGCUGAAUAUGAGCAAAAUGUCUAUCAAUCAAUCAAACGGAAGUGAACGUCACCCUAUUUGAAAUGGAUACAAUGGCGAAAGCUAAUUUGUAAAAAGAAAGCUAUAUAUUUAUUUGAAUAUAAAUGAGAUUUCUUAAGAUUUGUAUGCCACACUGUGCUUUUCUAUGUGGAACGGGCCUUUUUGUAACAAUCUGUACAA